AUGCCGAAGAAACAGACUCUGGAAUUUAUCCUCGACAUCCUACAGAGGAGAGACAGACAAGAGAUAUUUGCACAGCCAGUUGACCCUGAUGAGGUUGUUGGCUAUUAUAAUAUCAUUAAAGAGCCAAUGGAUUUUGGAACAAUAAGGGCUAAACUUCAGGAAGGAUUGUAUACAAGUCUGGAGCAAUUUCAGCAUGAUGUGCUUCUCAUAUCCAGCAACGCAAUGAAAUUUAAUUCAUCGACAACUGUGUAUUAUACAGAGGCUCGUGCUAUAAGUGAACUGGCUCAGAGGGUCUUUAAUUCUCUGAGAAAUGAACCAGAGAAAUUUGAGCUGGAGCACUCGGGGAUGAGAAGGCGUCCUGCUAAAAAAGGCCAGGGUGAAGCUGGAGGUAUACUGAAUAAGCUUGCUAAACUUGCUGGGAGCACAGGUGGUGCUUCGCUGAACAGCACCUCUCUAAACAGAGCUACCCAAACGCACCUUGCUUCAACCAGUCUAAAUCCUUUCAUUGACCAUACGAAUAAUGAAAGGCCUUCUGGUGUUGCGUCUGCACAUGUACGUGUUGAUUUGCCUGUGCAUCUUUGUGCUUAUAAAGUAUGCUCAAGAGAUGGUAGAAAUUUAGACGCGUCUGAAACUGCUAGGCGUAUGACAUAUAUGCCUCAAUCUUCCUCUCUCAGUGGCAACGGUUCGACAGUUUCUGCAGUCUAUAAUGCCCCAAAACUACUUAACCCGGUUCCAAAUUCAAGUACCCGAUACAUGGAAAGUCUAAAGGAAUUUGUUAAAGAUUUGGGACCAACCGCUCAAGCGGUUGCUAACAAGAAACUAGGAAAACAUCCAAUUGAAACUCCAAGUGUCCUGUCCUGGAAGCCAACCUAUUUUAGCCAGAAAACAGAUCCUCCCGUCCCUGUAUCAUCUGCACUUGACAGGCCUGCUCGUCUGACCAGGGUUAAUGAUUGUCGUACGCCUCAUAAUAGUUUCAAUUCCAUCUCCCCUGGUUCUUACAAAGGAAAGAUGGUCUGUCCCAAUGGAGGUGUGAAUGGUUAUAAUGCAGGAGAAAUGAUUCCUACUCGUAAUUGCCUACCAGGGUUUAGAGCUCACCCCAACAAUGGUGGAAGCAACAACUUUGCUUUGAUGAGAGAAAAGGCUGUCAACACAAGCAAAAACAUGGAUGCUUGUGGUACUUCGGAAGCAAAAACGAGGGGCACCAGUGGCAAUACGGAUCUCCUGUUAGCAACUCUCAUGCAAAUCAGUGCUUUCCAAAAUCGAAAUUCCCAAACACCAUCAGGUCAUUUCCCUCUUGCUGGAAUGUAUCCUGCCCAGCCAUCACAACUCAUCACUGAGCCUCAAUCCUGGCUGCAAAACAACAAUUCAGACCCAAUGUGCUUGUCUCCCCUAACUACAAAGCUUGCAUCCACCAGUCAGGCGGCAACCACUUUGCCAGGGUUUGAUUUCCAAUAUCCAAUUAAUGGAGAGGGGUCAAGCUCUGGUUCUGCAGCUGUACCAGUUAACCACAACUAUGGAACUAAACCUGCUCAGGCUGUUCAGCUUCAACCAGCGGAAAGGAUCCAGCCUCCGCCACCAUGGGGUCAACAAGCAACGUAUAAUAAUAAUCUUCCAACCAUGCGAAAGAUGGUUAGUGAGCAGCAGAUUCUAUCAGCUGGACAGAGCUCAUUGAUGAGGCAACAACAAUCACAGUUUACAUCAAUGCAAGCAAUGCCAGUACGGUUCGGUACGCCAAACUUUGUUGAAGGAGCUAGUUCUCAAGCCCAUCAAGCAGAGUCCAGCGGUCAGUACUUUUCGAAAACUCAACAAUUAACCUUGGUGGACAAUCAGCAGCUUGACCCUGAUCUGGCUCUUCAAUUGUGA